UCUCCUGCGACCAAUGCUUUAAACUUGCUACAACAAGGGACGCGGCAUGCAUUGCAUUACUUUUUUCUUUGGGAAUAAUUGUGCCUGGACGUGUAAUAAAUCAAUUUAAUUCAAAAAUAUACAUUUCUUUUAACAAGUUUCAACAAACGAAGGCGGCAGAACGCGAGCCCGUUGCAUGAUGACGAUCCUGCAUAUUUCAGCAGGCAGGUUGUUACUUUUAUUCACCGCUUUCUUUUAAAUCUCUCUUGCUCUGAUACCAACAUGCCUCACGCGCGCAACAGGAACCCGAGUCCUAUCCCAGAGGUGACAUGGGACACUGGAUUGAAAGAGAUGAACGAGACCUGGAAGGGGGCUAUCGCUUGCUUGGGGGUCGCUAUCUUUUUUGUCAUGACAAUUGGGAUCAUUUAUUGGCAAGUCGUGGAUCAGCCCAACAAGAACUGGAUUCUGAAGGGGAGUUUCAGUGGACUUAUAUGGGAGAGACGGACACAAACUCUGGUCUUUCAGACGCUGACCGAGGAUAAAACUUUCGCCGAGAUUGACGUGGGGAACGUGGGGAACCCCGACGGCGAGGUUCCUUUCGUCAGGAACUUGUGCUGGCUUAACAAAACCGAGUUCUGCUACACAUGGGACUCGGUCGCGGAGGUGAGGAUAUCUUUGGAAACAGAGGAGGCAUCAGAAACUGAAUGCUACAGUGUAACCUGGUCUCCAAUCCACUGCCAUGUGGACCUGAAGGACUGUUUCUCCAUGGUGAACGUUUCAUGGUACGGAGGCGCCGGUGUCCACACGCCCAGCUGGCCAAUAAAUGACGCCAACAUUUCCAUGCAACCCUUCACAGUCAGUGACCUACAGGACAACCCGUCUGGCUUCGGGUCAGUUUUAGAACGCUACUUCCUGGGAUCCUCAGGUGUGUCAGUUCUGGUGGCUCCUAACGUCCCUCUACACGUAGGCAUGGAAAGCAGACAGCAGUUCUGUUUGCAAACGCCGCCCAGCAUGGAGCGCAUGCCUAUGCAGUACACCGUGUGUGUUGGACACAACAUUAAAGCCGUCCAUCAGGAGUCAAUGCAGCAGCUUUCAACAGCCACACGAGAACUGCCAAACAUGGAUGUCUUACGGCUGCCUUUCUGGAAGCUUUUGGCAAAUGUGGACUCUGGGGCCAAGCUGGAGCGAGAGCUGAGAACCUUCUCAAACCGGCUGAAGAGGCAUCACUUAGGGGAGGGAGUUAUCAGCCUCGAUGAACAUUCCACAGCUCUCCUCUCCAACAUGGACCAUAGCUACCUCAAUAGCAAGAGAAGGACGUCUAGGAGACAUACCAGGGACAUCCCUUUUGUAAAGCUUCUAAACAUUUCCAUCACCCUCUCCCCGUACCUGAGCAUAGGCUCUCAGCAGUUCCAAACCUCCAUGCAAGAAGGCAUUGAAGACUACUGGCUGAGUCUGCCUUCAGGACCACAGGGUCGACCGGUGCCUCUGUUGACUCAAUGGGAAGGAAAAUACAGUGUGAAGCUCAACAUCACCAACCCAGAAGCCACUAACUGGUUUCUGGACAAGGUGGAUAUUUUACGGAGCCAUUUGGGUAUGGAGUAUGUCAUCCUGGAAGGUGGCGAGGGAAACCCCUUUGAGGAACAGGCCCUACGCCCACCUCUGGCAUUGGUUGGUGAUGAGUACAUUGGACUCCUUGCUGACCUGGCGGAGAGGAUAGAGGGCAAUGCCAUUGUGACCUCGGGAACAAGGUCCAGCCAUAAGCCGCUCUUCAUCCGUAUGAGUGGACUACAGUCCAACUGGAGUUACUCAGGCCUCAAGGGCAUCAUUCCAUCCCUACUGCAUCACAGUCUUCUGGGAUAUAAUUUCUUCAUUCCUGAUGCAGUAGGAGGCUCACUCGCUAUCGAACCGGUCACAGACGACGAGCUGUUCGUCCGCUGGUUGGGGAUUGCUGCCUUCCUUCCUGUCAUCAGCUUCCAGACACCUCCAUGGGUCUUUGAAAAGGAAUGGGUCCUAAACAUCACCAGAUUCUACAUAGCCAAGCACCAAAACUUCGUAGUUCCUCUGAUACUAAAAUACACUGAGGAAUGGCAAAAAAAUGGAACCCCCAUCUACAGACCACUGUGGUGGCUUAGCCCAGACAACCCAAUUACAUUCACCAUUGACGAUGAGUUCCUCAUAGGAGAUGAGGUUCUUGUUGCACCGGUGACUGAAAAGGGGGCUUUACAAAGAGACAUUUAUCUGCCAGAAAGUGACUUUCAGUGGCAGGACACUAACAAUGCUCAAGUGUUUGACGGAGGGACGUUUUUGGAAAGUUACCCAGUUGGCCUCGGGGAUGUGGCAGUUUUUAUACGGUGGAGAUCCUGAGGCUCCAGUACCACAAUUAUUGUACCACUUUUCGUGCUGUUUUCAAAUUGCACUUUCCACAAAGACCAUUAUCUGUGUCUCGAGGUAUCUUGAGAUUUGGUAGAGAAUAAUUUUACAUUUGCACUUUAAAAAUCAAACUGAUUUAUAUUUUCUCGUGAUUUUUAGAGCUUUCUUGUUGUUCUCCGCUAUUUGUUUUGAUAAUCAUGAUCUUUUUGGGCUUUUUUCUUCAGGACGCAGUGGUUCACACUUGAUAAUUUGUUCGGCUUACAAUACUUUCUCAUGACCUGGAGCUGUAAAUCGAAUAUUUUUUUACUUAAUAACAAUCAACGGAAUUUAACAAAGAAGACCAAACAAUCUGAAAAAUCGCUAAUCGUCUCGGCAAAGACUGGAAAACAUGCGCUACAGUUGGAUGAAGAAAAACGUAAACAAUCGCUCAUCUUAACUCAGCUGGGUUUUUACUUCAACUUUGUUAAAUAUUUUGCUAUAUCUUUGUCAAGUUUUACUGUACCUCAACUUUGGUUGUUUUUUUUUGUGUAAAAAAUGAAUGAGAUUACAAAAAGCACUUACUGAUGUAGGUAGGACAUUGAAAUGAAGGGUGUUUAGAAAGUUUGUCUAUAGAAAUAACAUUGAAUAUCAAUCAAAAGUAGAAGAAUAUGAGCCACUUGCAAACAAAACGAAGGAGAUGACCUCUCCUCAUUUUCUGUACAGUCUUAGUUUUAAUGCAAUACACAACAAAUGAUUCAUUAAUAUUUUGUAAUGAUUUUGAUAAUAUGCUGAUUUUAAUUGUGUAUAUAGCUUUCUACAGUUGACCAGAUGAAACCAGUAUUUCUAAAUCAUAAUUCGUAGUGAUGGCAUGAGGAAUUACUAAAAAGUAGAAGUAGAGUUUUCCAUCAGUUCAGACUAAACUUGAUAACUCAGACAAAAUAACAUAUCGCUUAACCUUAGAACAUUAUAGUGGCAUUUGUUUAGUUUGUGCUCACAUAAAAAUUCUAGUAAAUUCUUGACAACUUUGCAGUCUAGUAAUGCCGACUUCUAAUGGAGGUGCUGCUACUGUCAAACCUCUUGUGCCUUGACAAGGAACUGGGAUCGCCAGUCCUGUGUUAAAACAUUAAAUCACAAGCAACACCGUAUGAAUCUACAGUGCAGCGAGAGAAGGAGAACUUGAUCAGUAUCACCUGAUACAUGUGCCCUACUGGGAAUGUCCUCUUAAUCCUCACUGUGAAUGUUUACUGUAACUGCAGGUUUCUCAGGUCAAACAUAUCAAAUCCAAAAGUAAAAAAUGUCUUACGCCCCAGCAUACUGUUAAUGUCUUAAUCUCUUGGUUCUUGAUGUUCUUUUAAUUCGAGCGUUUUAAGGAGAAAACUAGCGAUAAUCUAAUUUUAUAUAGAGUGGUGUUUUGGGGGUCUCAUUUUAUAUUAAAAUGCUAUGCUAUGACAAUGAUUUGCUGUAAUGUGAGCAACCUUGACUUUUUUAGAAUGUGUUUUUGCCCUAAGCCAAUCAGCAGUAAACAUAAAUCAAUGAUUGAGCCAUUCAACUUUCUUCUGUAUAUCUAAAAACUAGAGAUGUCAAUCUGAAAUAAAGUUUACAUUUUGUUACUGUA